AUGGAAGAGGCUGGGCUCUGCCCAGCCUCCGCAGCCCUCACUGACAACCCACAGGCCCAGUUGACAGUGGUGGUGGAAGUAGAGCGGACAAGAUCUGGCCCCAAGGAGACCUGCUGCCCUACGCUCCUUCUGGAGGGGGCCAAGAGCAUCUGCCUAUUUCGGCCUGGGUCUGUGGAGAGUCAGGAGGCAGAGCAGGAGUUGCUAGCACGAGUCCGGCCCACACUGGGCUCAGUGGGCCGAGGGUACAGUGUGGCCCUGCUGCUUCGGGGUCGGGAAACAGAGGCGCCCCGGCUUGUGCCUCAGCUGCUACAGAUGCUGUUUGAAGAAGCUCUGCCCCUCAAGGGCUCUGACGCUGUGCUUAGCACUCUUAGCCUGGUACAGCUCAGCGCCAGUGGGAGGAGCCGGGACCUGCUGACUCCAGGGGCAGGGAACAUUUCUGUGCUGGAUGUGGCUCCUCUGGGCUUGGUGGUGGAAAAUGCCAGUGAAGUGGAGGUAUCUGACUCAAGAGCUGCCUCAGAGCUGUAUUUGCGGGCUGCAUGUGGAGAAGGCAGAGAUUGUCCCCUGCUGCAGGUACUGGCUGGCAAUGUGGCUGGUGAGGAGGUGGAGGGCUCUCUGACCUGGAUUGUCUCAUGGCUUCUGGAAGGAAACAACUACAGUAGCCUUCUUCUUCGCCUGGAUCCUCAAGGCAGCCCCCUGAGCUUGUUCCAGUCUGCUUUGUUGGGGGCUGCAGGAAGGAGGAAGAAGGUGAAACAUGUGAGGCCCACCCUGUGGAAUGCAGUAGAAGAGGCCCGGGCCCGCCGAGCUGGUCUGAAGAGCCUGCGAUCAGGCCUCCUUGGGGACGCCCUGACAGACAGUGGGCUCAGCCAGCUGGGCAGGGCACUGCGGGAGCUGCAUGUGGUAAAAGCCUGGAGCCAGCGUUGGGGAAGCUGGAUGCUCAAAGCGGUCAAAACUGAGGCUGUGGGGCUCCCAGAACCACAGGUACAGCUUCUCAUCCAAACUCUUAGGAGCCCUAUUGAUGUCUGCUGCCUUAUUCUGUCUAUAGAGCACUUGGCAGGAAGAACAGCAUCUAUAGGACCUGAUCUCCACCAAAUGAACCCACUCAGGGGCUCUGAGGAACAGGCCCAGCAGACCCCGGAUGUGGCCCUGCACUUCUUCCUGGCUCAGGCCCAGAGGCACAGACUGCGAGGGCAGCACCAAGCGUGGAUCCAAGAGGCGCUGAAGCACAUGGAACAGGACGACGAGGUGGUGGCGGGUGACCAGGUCAAAGGUCUGGUGGCUGAGGAGGACUACAAGGAGAGGCAGAGAUGGCACCGGGAGCAGACAGUGCUGAGAUGUCGGCUGGAGGCCCUUCAGGCAGAACGGGAUGCCGCAGAGCAGGACCUGACAGCCCUCUAUGACCUACAUGUGCAGGCUGCCCGGGCUCAGACAUGCCAUGUGCUGCAGGUAUUUCGAGCCUGGCGGGGGCUGUGCGAGGAGCAGGCCAUGACUACAGAGCAUCACUACCGCAGCCUGCUGGCUGGCAUCUUGCAAGACUCCAUCAGCUUGGCCACACAGAACCAGGAGCUCCAAGCCCAGAAUAAGCAACUUCGGCAGACCGGGUUGGCAGCGGUCGUGCUGGAUACCUGCCCUGAGGAGAAAUCUGGUGAUCAGGAACCCGACAGGGGCACUUUCUUCUCUCCUCGUUUGUAA